AUGAUGAAGCAUGUCAGGUCUGCUUUCAUGUCAGUGCGUGGGCACGGGUGCAGGCAUGCAUAUUUUACAAAAGUAUUUGUACGAGGCUAUCCUUUCAUGCUAUGCCGCAACGUACGAUCCAAGGUUACAGCACACCGCGCCACUCCAGCAGGUGCGCUACCUGAAGGUUGGGUACAGGAGUGGCGUGUUCUGCGCUUCAUUCCCGAGAACCGGUCUUCCGACUUGAUCCAGGCAAUAAACCGAGUCUCGAUCGACGAGUUCGGUAACCAGAGGCAGCAUCUUCGAAAUUGUUUGCUGAUGCCCUACACAAAGUCUGUGGCAAGUUCGGUCUUGGCAGCGCUCGAGCUGGUUUUGGAACGGGCGCCCCUGGCUGACGACUCUGAGAAAGAGGAGCCUGAGCUUCGCAUCCUGUGCGUUGGCUUCGGGGGCGGAAGCGUGCCAGCGUUUUUCACAGAAAUGCUUCCUGAUUGUCGGGUGGAUGUGGUGGAGCUGGAGCCUGCUGUCCUUGACGCAGCGGAGUCCAUGGGCUUCGUGCCACAUCCUCGGAUCAAUGUCUACUUGGACGAUGGUGCGAAGUUUGUGCAUCAAGCCGUGCACAGCACUGACGGACUACACAACGGGAUGUACGACGCAUUGGUCAUCGAUGCCUACGAUGUGGAGGGCAACGUGCCUUCUGCUUUCACUUCUGCGGGCUCCAGCUUCUCUUCCGCACUUGCCAAAGGGCUCCUUCGUCCUCGAGGCGUCAUGGUGACAAAUCUGUUGCCUUCUGCGCCUUUGAGUCAGAUCUUGCAGGAUCAAGCCCAGGCUAUAUGCUCCCGGGGCGACUGCCUGUCCUUUGGCAUUGAAGCAGAAGGAUCAGGCAAUCUCUUGGCUCUGCAUGCUUGCGGAGCACCGAUUCGGUCUGGCAGCCAACGGCAGCGGAAGGCGGAGCUUUUCCUUCGGCUUUGGCUCGCCGCAAGGUCGGCACAGAAAGCGACCGGGUGUCCAUUCAGCAUCGCACGACUGGCGACACGAAGAAUUCGCUCGCUGGGAGGACGGCGGCGAGCUUGA